GCCAAAUACAACAUAGUUAGCCAUGAGUGAUGGAAAGCUCUUUGCUAAAUCGAACUCAGUGGAGUUGCGUGCGGAGUUAGAGCAGGCGAUGAAGAAGUCUAAGUCGCAUUCCCGAAUCAAGAUUGUACUCCGGAAAGUCAUAGCCAACAUCAUUUUGAACAACAACGAAUUGGCCGCCAUGAUGCCCGAUGUAAUUGAUUUGUUUAAAAUUGAUGAUCUUGAGAUCCGCAAAAUGUGUUUCCAGUACUUAUCCAAUUAUGCCCAUGUAAAUCCUCGGGAUGCCUCGGAAGCAUUGCCAUAUUUGGAGCAGUUCCUCAACGAUUCAUCGCCUAUUGUUCGAGCUUUGGCUAUAAGAACUUUGGCUUCUGUAGCUAACAAGGACUAUAUAGAACGGACAGUUGGAGCAGUCAGAACUGGACUCGGCGAUGUAGAUCCUUACGUUCGAAAAACUGCUGCCUAUGCUGUGUCUCGUUUGUACCAGCAUGAUCCAACAAGGACUGAAAAACACAACUUGAUCAGUGAACUUAACGAGCUUUUAUACGACAAAAACCAAGUGGUCGUUUCCAAUGCCUUAGCAUCAUUGAGUUACGUUACCGACCAUAGUAGAACGUUGACAUUGGCUAUAGACAAAGCCCAUUCCAUGGCUCUCAUAACCCAUUUGGGUAAUGCCAAUGAAUGGUGCCAGAUCUACAUUUUGAAUUCGCUCAUGUCGUACGUACCACAAAAUUCAGAGGAAGCCUUGGAUCUCAUCGAGGCAACUAUUCCAUCUUUGCAACAUGAAAACUCAUCGGUUGUUCUCAAUGCCAUUAAAGUCAUCGUUUACUACAGUCAUUACGUGAAGAACCCAGGCUUGAUAUUUCCUACUCUUCCCAAGAGAUUGGGAACAUCCCUUAUCUCUCUCUUGUCAAAACCUGCUGAGAUUCAGUUUUUGGUCUUGCGAAACGUCAUUUUGCUCCUCUUGGGUUCCAAAGAUUUAGUCAGUUUUGAAGUUGAAAUGUUCUUCUGCCACAAUGAAGAUCCUAUCUAUAUCAAGGACACUAAGUUGGAAAUCAUCUAUCUAUUGGCCAACGAGCAAAAUGUCCAUGUAGUAUUGAGGGAACUUGAAGAGUAUGCCACUGAAGUAGAUGUUUCCAUGGCAAGAAAGGCAAUAAGAGCAUUAGGAAACUUGGCAGUGAAGCUCCCCAAUGCAGCAGACGCAUGUGUAGAGGUGAUACAAAAUUUGUUCAACGAAGGAAUAUCAUACAUUGUACAAGAAUCGGCAGUUGUGUUAAAAAACAUCAUGAGAAAGUAUCCAAACAAGUUUCAGCAAGAGACGUUAGAGCUUGUGAAGUUCUACAAGCUAAUUGACGAACCUGACGCAAAAGCAUCGAUGAUUUGGAUCAUCGGACAAGCUUGUCAAUUUAUAGAUCUGGUUGAAACAAUUUUUGAAGUUAUCAUAUCAAACUUUAAAGACGACCCAAUCGAAGUGCAGUAUGCGACAUUGACGGCGGCAACUAAAUUGUAUUUGAUGCUCCCUGAAAAAGGAGAAAAAACGGUAUUGAAUGUCCUUAAAUGGGCUACAGAAGAGUCUGAUAAUCCAGACAUAAGAGAGAGGGGAUACAUUUAUUGGAGAUUAAUUUCUUCUGAAUAUGCCAGUGGUAAGUCUGGCAAUUUCCAGGAAGUUACCAAGGAGAUUAUAUUGAAUCCUAAUCCCAUUAUAUCACCUGAAAAUGAUAGUAUAGAUCCCAAGAUAUUAGAAGAACUUGAACUCAACAUAGGGACAUUGGCUUCAAUUUACUUAAAGCCAGUUCUGCAUGUUUUCCGUCUAGCAAAGGUUAAAUCCCUUCCCAACAGCCCAGUCCUUCAAAAGCGGGCACAAGGGCCAGUGACAUCCGAUGUGACAGUAGCAACCAAGAAUGCACAGUCAACUCUGGGUAGAAAAGUCUCUGUGAUUUCUUCGCCAGUUGCAGAUACUAGUUUUCCGGCAAGAAAUUUGACACCCAGAUCUACUUCUUCAAAACAGACUUACGAUUCUACUGGCUCGUCAAACGAAGACAUUUCUUCAAAGGACAGUUUUGCAAAACGGUUAACGAGAAAAGCCACUCAAUUGGCCGCCAGAAAGGGCUCAAGAGAUUAGGAAGCCUUCACUCUACUACGCUUAUGUAUAAAUAUAAUGAACUUUUUUAUUUCGC